UUCAACAGCUUCAGUCGUUCUUGACUCUUCGGCCACAGAUUAUCGAUCCGAGGUAGCGAGUUUUGGCGAGACAGAUAGAAGAUAGUUUUAUGGAUAUUCGUGUAAUAUAUAUACAUAUAUAUAUAUAUAUAUUCUCGAAUUGCGCACAGUGUGAGAAAAAAUGCGGUAUCUUGAGUGUUUCGUGCCGUUGAUGGUACUAUCGUGCCUCGCAAGUUCGUUCGCGGAACCUGGUGUCCUCUUUGAUCUGGCGAAGGAUCAUCAAAAGCGCGUGGCAGGUUUGCUGGACCCGCUAGGACUGUUCCACAAGAAGGAUCAGAGCUCGAGCUCCUCGCACUCGUACGGGAGCAACCUACAGUUAGGACCACUUUCCUUUUCGAGCAGCUUGGCCAGCUCUUCGGCCACGGCCGAAGGCAAUGGUGCUACCUCCGUUGCCAAGGCGAAUUCUCAAGCCUUCGGCCAAGGCUCUGCAAAAGCUGACGCCAGCGCAAUAGCCAACGCUCAAGAUUAUAGUUCUAACAUCGGUCACUACUACUACGCGCCGACAGACGUGCAACAAUACGACGGCUCCGGUGGUUCUCAGUCGAUCACGAAUCCGAAUGAUGGUUAUAACGCUGCGAAUACCGUUGCGAGCGCCGCUGCAAAUGCUAAUGCAAACGCGAACUAUAAUGCAAACAGAGGUGCGAACUCGAACGUGAACGCCAACGCGAAUUCGAACGCCGUUCCUUAUACCGGUGCAUCACCGGCCAAUUAUUAUUCUCCCGGAUACGAUUUAUCUGAUACCGGUGCCAACGCAAAUACGAAUGUUAAAAGUAACAAUGCGAAUAAUGGCGCGGGAACGCUCGACGGCUAUUACACGGCUCCUGAAAGUUUUCGAGGUAAUGCAGCCGCAACAGCAAGCGCGGACGCGAAAGCGAAUUCUAUUAGUGGAACAGGAUCAUCCGAUGAUUAUUACGCUCCUGGAGGAUCGUGGAACGAUGGUGGUACAAUUGCGGAUGCAAACGCGAAGACGAACAUUAUCGAUGGUGUAACGAGUGGCUAUAAACCUGGAAUGAAAAGCGACGUAGACCGACAAUUCGAAUCGAACGGCGGCGUGGAAUUACCAAAUGGAUAUUAUUCUUCGGGAACUCGAAGCAACGCGGUAACCGGUAGCAAGAUUCCUUAUCGUCCUCAUGACGAUGAAGAAACCGUGGUAGUGAUCGUAGAUCCGUCACCAGUCUACAGGCCACCAUUGGGCAGGCCACCAUUGAGCAGGCUACCAUUGGGCAGGCCACCAUUUGGUAGGCCACCACCAUUCGGUAAUCCACCGCCGUUCGGUAGGCUACCAUCAUUCGGUAAGCCAUCACCACCAUCAUUCGGCAGGCCAUCUUUCGAGAGGUAUCCACAACCUGAUCACGGCCCUGAGACAAUCAAAGUGAUCGUGAUCGAAGACCCGGCAUAUCAUAGCCAAGCAGGAGUUAGUAAAGAUGGAAAGGCUCAAUACGGCCAACCGAUCAAUCCGGUUGGAAACUAUCAGAAUGGUUAUCCAGGAGCUAACGCAAACGCCAAUGCUAAUGCCAUCGCCAUUGCAAAUGCAAAUGCCAAAGCAAAUGCAGGAGCUAACGCAGGAGCUAAUGCAGGAGCUAAUGCAGGAGCUAAUGCAGGAGCUAAUUCCAUUUCUGGUGCGAACGGCUAUCCUGUUCAGCAAUCGGGAUACUAUCCUGGAAAUGCUCCAACUACUUCCAUCGGAACGAACAAUCCUUUCUUGACUGGAUCUCAAGGAAGCGGAGGAGCUAACGCAGGCGCUAAUGCAGGCGUUAACGCAGGUGUUCUUGGAAACGCAUAUCCAGGAACAUCAGGGUCAGGAAGUCAGGGUGCGGGUAAUUAUCAAGCUGGAUCGAGUAAUCCAUUCCUAACUGGUGGACAAGGUCAAGGAAAUGCAGGUGCCAAUGUUGGUGCCAACGCUGCUGCAAAUGCUGCUGCUAAUGCUGGUGUUAUCUCUCAAGGACAAAUUGGAGCGCAAAAUCCUUUCCUCAAUCCUGAAUUUCAACUUAGUGCAAGUCCUCAUGGACUUGGAGAAUACGUAAUUAAUGGUGCAAAAACUGUUGAAAAACAGAAUGGAGGUAGUCCUAUUCCUACUACUUAUCCUGGUCAAGGAAGCAAACCAGGAAGCUAUGAAACGAACGUACCUACGAUCGUUGGGGGAGCAAAUGCAGGAGCCAAUGCAGGAGCUAUCGCCAAUGCUAAUGCUGGUGCGAAUACAGGUGGAUACGGUCAGCCUGUUAAACAAAGUCCUGUUAAUCCAAGUACAAAUUACGAGGGCGGAGUUGGAUCAGGUACCGUAUUUGAAAAUACGGGAAGUGCAUUUGGAAAUUCUGGGUCCGGUAACAAUGGCUAUGCUGUUCCUACUUAUCAAACUGGAUUAGUUUCUGGUGGAGCAAAUGCUGGAGCGAAUGCAGGAGUAAACGCCGGAGGCAGCGAAUCUGGUGGUUAUGGUGUACCAACAAAAGGUGCUCCAGUUUUUGGAACAUCUGGACCAGCUUUUGGAAAUGGUGGAGCAAAUGCUGGAGCGAAUGCAGGAGUAAACGCUGGAGGCAGCGGAUCUGGUGGUUAUGGUGUACCAACAAAAGGUGCUCCAGUUUUUGGAACGUCUGGACCAACUUUUGGAACUGGAGGAGCAAAUGCUGGAGCGAAUGCAGGAGUAAACGUUGGAGGUAGUGGAUCUGCUGGCUAUGGUGUACCUACAAAAGGUACUCCAGUCAUUGGAACAUCUGGACCAACUUUUGGAACUGGAGGAGCAAAUGCUGGAGCGAAUGCAGGAGUAAAUGCUGGAGCGAAUGCAGGAGUAAAUGCUGGAGCGAAUGCAGGAGUAAACGCCGGAGGCAGCGGAUCUGGUGGUUAUGGUGUACCAACAAAAGGUGUUCCAGUCUUUGGUACGUCUGGACCAGCUUUUGGAACUGGAGGAGCAAAUACUGGAGCGAAUGCAGGAGUAAACGUUGGAGGCAGCGGAUCUGGUGGUUAUGGUGUACCAACAAAAGGUGUUCCAGUCUUUGGUACGUCUGGACCAACUUUUGGAACUGGAGGAGCAAAUGCUGGAGCAAAUGCAGGAGUAAACGUUGGAGAUAGCGGAUCUAGUGGUUAUGGUGUACCAACAAAAGGUGCCCCAAUCUUUGGAACGUCUGGACCAGGUUUUGGAACUGGAGGAGCAAAUGCUGGAGCGAAUGCAGGAGUAAACGCCGGAGGCAGCGGAUCUGGUGGUUAUGGUGUACCAACAAAAGGUGCUCCAGUCUUUGGAACAUCUGGACCAGCUUUUGGAAAUGGUGGAGCAAAUGCUGGAGCGAAUACAGGAGUUGGAGGCAGCGGAUCUGGAGGUUAUGAUGUACCUUCAAAAGGUACUCCAGUUUUUGGAACGUCUGGAUCAACUUUUGGAACUGGUGGAGCAAAUGCUGGAGCAAAUGCUGGAGCAAAUGUUGGAGCAAAUGCUGGAUCUGGAUCUGGAUCCAAUGGCUUUAAUGUUGGACCAUCCAAAGAUGGAUCAGAUUCUAGAUUAGUUUUUGGUACUGGAGGAUUAGGAUUCGCUGGUGCAAAUGCCAAAGCUGAUGCUGUUGCAAAUGUUGGAAGCGGUGGAUCUGGUAAUAGUGGUUACGAUGGAAACGGUUUCGGAUUUGGAGAUGCAUCCGCCAGUGCUAGUGCCAAGGCUGAAGCUUCCGCUUCUUCUGGAACAGGAAGCGACAGGGCCAGUGUGUUAUCCAUGGCCGAUGCAAUCCAAUUAGGUGUGGUCCUAAUUAAAUGAUUUCGUCUCCAUUCCUCAGGCUCAAACGCAAUUGCAAACGCGAAUUCGAACUCGUUCAAAGGAUUUUCUGGUAGCAAUGCGUCCGCCAAAUCGUCCGCCAAGUCGUCAGGUUUUGGAAAUGGGUCGGCCAAUGCGAAUGCACAAGCAUCCAGCAAAGCGUCUUCGGGAUCCGGCAACAGUUUCGCCUCCAGCUCUGCAUCCGCCAACGUGGACACGAGGAGUUUGCUCGUCUUCAGAGAUUAAUCAUCCAAACAUUUGGAUAUACUCGUUAUUUAAUUAAUUUUGCUCUCUCGAAUUAUUUAAUCGUGGAAAUAUUACGAACGCCAUGGACCGUGCCAUCACUCGAAACUCGAUUUUUAGGAUACUCUACCGAUUAGCUUGUAGGAUCUGAAACACGUCAAUGGAAUUAAGAGUCAAAGGUACAUCGGUUUAAAACGAUUAUCGACUCGAACAUCGAUCGACGCAAUGUGAUUACCCAUGCUGGAUCAUGGCAAUGUAAUAUCGAAAUCGUAAUUACUUUACAACUCGAUGUGUUGAUAUGUAACUAAUUUUAUUGCGCUUUAUCUUUAAAAAUGAAAACUUUAACUGUGAAUGAAUAAUGAAUGAAAUUUCAUCAGAGUCGAGCAUUCAAAAAAUAAAUUUAUUAUCAUUUGUGAUAAUAUUCUUGCCAAUACACGAAGCAUAGGAAGUAUUCACCGUUUGAGAAAAUCCUCGAAAUCCUUUUUUAUCUUUUUUCCAACGUUGAUAUCGGAUAUUAAAUUUGUCUUCGUUAAUUUGUUCACUUUGUCGAAGCGUCAGUCCAUUUAAAAACUUUUCAAAGCGACUUCCAUCGUGUUUUAUCGUAUAAGUGGAUAAUACUCGACACAUGAUUAGCGUUUUUUCCGAUUUUAUAAUAGAUAUUUAAGAUUGAACGUUAUUUUAAUACUAUAAAACGAUGUAGCAUGUAAUUAAAAAACUUUGUACGUAAUUACGUUAAAAUUAUAUUUAACGUAACGAGCGUAGUUAUUUUAAUCUUAAAUCGUGAUAGUAAUACGAACGAGAUAAUGUUUUUUUUCUAUCUUUAUACAUAGCAUCCAAUCAAAUAUCGAAUUUGCGAUUUUAGUAUUUUAAUUAUCGACAUUUUUAUAUUAAUUUAUAAGCGAAUACGAAUAAAUGCGAAGGCGUAUGAUCUUCGUACAACCUCUAUCCGCAAUAAAUUCAAUUAUACUUA